UCGCUCUUUUAUUCUCCACUGUUUCUGCUCAGCUCAGAUCACUGUCUUUUUGGCUCCCUCUCUUCCUCUGAAAAAAUAAACAAACAAACAAAUCUCCCCAUAAAUAUUUUUCUCACUGGAAAGUGGCAAAAACAACUUCUUUUUUUCUCUCUCUAUGAUGAUUAUGAUUAGGGUUUCACUCUCUCUUCUUCUGGAUUGUCUCCUCCUACAUCAAGCUCUCUGAUGCUUUCACCCACUGGCUCUCUUUAUCCAGAGAGAGCCCCUACUUCUUGAUUACUCUCUGUUCCUUCCCUCUCUAUGAUUUUGAGCUUUGUAUUUCUGUUUAAACCAAAGGUUGCAAUGUGUAACAAGCUUUUAUUUAUUGUAUGAAAAAAAAAAACUAGAUUUUUAGCUGAAAAAAAAGGACAGAGAUUGAGGUGGUGGUUUUGAAAAAAAAAGUGGGUUUUGUGAGUUUGUGUCAUUUCUUGGACCUUUUUUUUUUUUUUUUUUUUUCAGAAAUAGAAGGAGUGGGUUUCAGUUCAAAACAGCCAGAAAUUUGGCUAAGCUUUGGUUUGUAAAUUUUGUUUUGUAUUCAAAGUUUCAGUUAUAGCAACCAAUAACAGAGCUUUGAGAAAGAGAAUAAAAACAGACUUUAGUUUGUGUCUGUAUUGUAGUCAAGACCCCAUUUUGGGUCUUCACCAACAAGUAAGCAAUUGCUGUUGCUGUUUCCGCAAAAGCCAAGAAUCUUCUAGCUCAAAACCAGUCUAGCUCGUCCGUUUACACUUAAUCUCUCUCUCUCUCUCUCUCUCUCUCUCUCUCUCUCUCUCUCUCUCUCUCUAUCCUAAGCGGACGGACUUUACAAAGGCAGAGAAUCUUUAACCUCCUUCUAAAGCCCAAAGAAAACCAAAACCAACCAGCUCUUUAAAGCGCUCUCUCUCUCUCUCUCUCUCAUUUUUUGUUGUCUAUAUUUGGUUUGAGAUUUUGUUGAUUUUGGGGUUUUGGGAAAAUGGCUAUGGCUGUGGCUCACCACAGAGAGAGUAGUAGUGGGAGCAGCAUAAACAAGCACCUUGAUGCCGGUAAAUACGUACGUUACACUUCUGAGCAAGUUGAAGCUCUUGAGCGAGUCUAUGCUGAGUGUCCCAAGCCAAGCUCUUUGCGCAGGCAACAACUGAUCCGAGAGUGCCCCAUUUUAUCAAACAUAGAACCCAGACAGAUCAAAGUCUGGUUUCAGAACCGAAGGUGUAGGGAGAAGCAGAGAAAAGAGUCCUCGCGGCUGCAGACUGUGAACAGGAAAUUAACAGCAAUGAACAAGCUGUUGAUGGAGGAAAAUGAUCGACUGCAGAAACAGGUCUCUCAGCUUGUGUGUGAAAAUGGGUUUAUGCGUCAACAAUUGCAUACUGCACCAACUACUGAUGCAAGCUGCGACUCUGUGGUUACAACUCCUCAGCAUUCUCUCAGAGAUGCUAAUAACCCUGCUGGACUUCUCUCCAUAGCGGAGGAGACCUUGGCAGAGUUCCUCUCUAAGGCUACAGGAACUGCUGUCGAUUGGGUCCAGAUGCCUGGGAUGAAGCCUGGUCCGGAUUCGGUUGGGAUCUUUGCCAUUUCACAAAGUUGCAGUGGAGUGGCAGCUAGAGCCUGCGGUCUUGUAAGUUUAGAGCCAACGAAGAUUGCAGAGAUCCUUAAAGAUCGUCCAUCUUGGUUCCGGGACUGUCGGAGCCUUGAAGUUUUUACCAUGUUUCCUGCUGGAAAUGGUGGAACUAUAGAACUUAUUUAUACACAGACAUAUGCUCCAUCUACAUUGGCUCCUGCAAGGGAUUUCUGGACUCUAAGAUACACUACAAGUUUAGAUAAUGGCAGUUUUGUGGUAUGUGAGAGAUCUCUGUCUGGUUCUGGCGCUGGCCCAAAUGCAGCUUCCGCUGCACAGUUUGUUAGAGCUGAAAUGCUUCCAAGUGGUUAUCUGAUUCGACCAUGUGAAGGUGGAGGAUCAAUCAUUCAUAUUGUUGACCACCUGAAUCUUGAGGCAUGGAGUGUGCCAGAGGUUCUGCGACCGCUUUAUGAAUCAUCCAAAGUGGUAGCACAAAGAAUGACUAUUGCGGCAUUGCGCUAUAUCAGGCAAAUAGCUCAGGAAACAAGCGGUGAAGUGGUAUACAGUUUGGGCAGGCAGCCAGCUGUUCUGCGAACUUUUAGCCAAAGAUUGAUCAGAGGGUUCAAUGAUGCUGUCAAUGGGUUCAAUGACGAUGGCUGGUCAUUGAUCAACUGUGAUGGUGCUGAAGAUGUUAUAAUUGCAGUUAAUUCAACCAAGAAUUUAACUACUUCGAAUCCUGCUAAUUCCCUUGCAUUACUUGGAGGAGGUGUUCUCUGUGCAAAGGCUUCCAUGUUACUCCAAAAUGUGCCCCCUGCUGUGCUGGUUCGCUUCUUGAGGGAGCACCGUUCAGAGUGGGCUGAUUUCAAUGUUGAUGCCUACUCUGCUGCAUCUUUGAAAGCUGGUUCCUAUGCUUAUCCAGGGAUGAGGCCAACAAGGUUUACUGGCGGCCAAAUUAUCAUGCCACUUGGCCACACAAUUGAACACGAAGAGUUGCUUGAAGUCGUUCGACUUGAAGGCCAUUCUCUCACUCAAGAAGAUGCCUUUGCAUCAAGAGACAUUCAUCUCUUGCAGAUAUGUAGUGGAGUGGAUGAGAAUGCUGUUGGAGCCUGUUCUGAACUUGUUUUUGCUCCAAUUGAUGAGAUGUUCCCGGAUGAUGCUCCAUUGGUUCCCUCGGGUUUCCGCAUUAUCCCGUUGGAUUCAAAAACAAGUGAUUCAAAGGAUACAUUGGCUACACAUCGAACAUUAGAUCUGACAUCCAGUCUUGAAGUGGGAUCAACAACAAACAAUGCAGCUGGAGAGUUGUCUUCGUUUCAUAAUACUCGAUCUGUGUUGACGAUUGCCUUCCAGUUUCCUUUUGAGAAUAGUCUACAGGAGAAUGUGGCAACCAUGGCACGCCAGUAUGUUCGAAGCGUCAUUUCAUCUGUACAGAGAGUUGCGAUGGCUAUAUCUCCAUCUGGACUGAGUCCGUCUGUGGGGGGACCAAAACUAUCUCCUGGCUCUCCAGAAGCUCUGACACUGGCCCACUGGAUCUGCCAGAGCUAUAGUUUUCAUGUUGGGGCAGAACUGCUGAGACCUGAUUCCUUGGGCGGCGACUCAAUGCUGAAACAUUUAUGGCAUCACCAAGAUGCCAUUUUGUGUUGUUCAUUGAAGUCACUCCCGGUUUUCAUCUUUGCAAACCAGGCAGGGCUUGACAUGCUCGAGACAACAUUAGUUGCCCUUCAGGACAUCUCGUUGGAUAAGAUUUUUGAUGAGUGUGGACGCAAGACGUUGUGUGCUGACUUUGCUAAACUUAUGAAUCAGGGAUUUGCUCACUUGCCAGCUGGCAUUUGCAUGUCCACAAUGGGGCGCCACGUGUCAUAUGAACAAGCCGUUGCAUGGAAAGUACUUGCUGCAGAAGAGAACUCUGUUCACUGCCUUGCCUUCUCCUUCAUGAACUGGUCUUUUGUGUGAACAUUUUAAUUUAUUCAUCCAUCACCACCUUUCUUCCAAUUGAUUAUGGAAAAGAAGUUUGAGAAAAAGAAAAGGAGAAAUGUGGAAAUGGUAAAGAAAACCAAAAGUUUUGUAAUAUCUUUCUGUACCCCUGCCCCAGGUUUGCAUCAUAUUAAUUUAAUUUAAUUUUUAUUUCAAGCAACCAAA